GUCUGGUCUGAACUUAACGCAGUUACAAUGGGCAAGAUUAUCUUCUAUGAAGACAGGAACUUCCAGGGUCGUCACUACGAGUGCAGUACUGACUGCCCUGAGAUGCAAAACUACUUCAGCCGCUGUAACUCGAUAAGAGUUGAGAGCGGUUGCUGGGUGGCCUACGAAAAGCCAAAUUAUGGCGGCUACCAGUACAUGCUGCACAAGGGAGAGUACCCCGACUACCAGCGCUGGGCAGGCUUCAAUGACUGUAUCCGCUCCUGUCGUAUGGUGCCUCCUUAUAAUGGGAACUACAGGAUGAAGAUCUUCGAGCGAUCUGACUUUGGCGGUCAAAACAUGGAGCUAAUGGAAGACUGCCCAGACCUGCACGAGCGUUUCCACACCCGUGAUAUCUCCUCCGUCAAUGUCAUGGAGGGCUACUGGAUGCUGCACGAACACCCCAACUAUAGGGGACGCCAGUACUUCUUGCGUCCUGGAGAAUACAGGAGGCACAGCGAGUGGGGAAGCGCCAGUCCCACCAUUGGCUCUCUGAGACGUGUCACUGAGCUCAACUGAUUCCCAUUACUUUUAUUUUUAACCCUUAUUUAAUCCCAUCAUUAAGAAUACCUCCCUCUUGUUCCCUUAAUGGCUGUACUGUUUCAGUGUGGUCUCAACACUGUGAUGUUCAAACCUGAAAUCAUACAUUUUAAUGAUGCGGGUUUGGAUGCGUCGGAUGUUGGGGUUCCCGUUUUGUUGUGUUGCUUUGCAUUGUUGGGUAAAAUUACUACCCAACUUAGUGCUCAGGCAAUGCUUUGGUCGUUCCAUAGCAGAAUGUUUUGCCUCGCCGGUCCCUAACCUCCUGUCCUCCUGGAAUCACAAUAAAUGAAAACUUGAUGAAAGUCAACUAAA